AUUUAAAAAUUAUUAGAUUGGGACCAAUACCAAAAUGGGAUAUGUGGUACAAGUGCUUAAUCAAGAGGCCCAUGGGUCACAACGCUCACCUGAGUAAGUUUGGCUCUGCUGUUCUUCACCUGAAUCCCCCGUGUUAUACUAACUGUGGCCCCGCCCUGUACCAGACCAGUGAGAAUUGUAUCUCUAGUCAAGCUCAUGUAGCACUAGUUUUGGGUUGGGACAAAUCACCCAAAUGGACUAUUGAUGUCUCAUUCUGGUGAUAAGUCCCAACCUGUAUAUGAAUAAAUCAGUAAUUAUUGUAAAGUAACAGAUAAGAAUUAAGCACUUGCCUCAUGGUCUAUAUACUCAAACACCCUACUUAUAUAAAAAACUUAGCAAGCUUAUUGUUAUGAGUCGCAGUUCUUACAUUGAAUCGCCAGUCUGGCAUGGUGUGUCACUGUACUAAGAACCGUAACUCUGUUAUGUUUUCAUGAAGAAACAAUCCUUUCAUUAAAAAAAAUUGUUUUCUUAAUUUUGACAGCUACUGCAGAAUUUGAUGUCAACGUUAUAGAGAAUUAUGAAGAUGAUCACCAUCAUGUACAGAUUUCCCAGAAUGUGCUGUAACUGUAAAUGAUGAAGAAAAUGAAGAAAUUGAUAAUCUACAGGUUCCAGAUCCAGAUGACGUAUUUUAAAGUGUAGCUUUGGAAAAGAAGAGGUUAUCCCAACUAUACAGAUUUUGAUAAGGUGAUAUGCAGUUGUUAAGAAAAAGAUGAAGAAAUCAACUUCUUACAGAUAAACAUCCAUUAUGAGUACCUGGACCCUUCUCUACACAGAGACAAUUAAAGAAUUCAGAAGCCAGUGUUAAGAGAUCUCUCCCUGACUGAAGAAAUCCACACGGGAUUCUGUUAUAAAACCUCAGGAUAAAGAAAUAGAUGUCUGCUGUAAAUAAUGUAUAGAUUAGUGUACCAGAAAUCUGUCAGAGUGAGAGGUGUUAGUCGGUGUCUUCACAUUUCCCGUGUUACAUCAGACCGGGUCUGGAUCAGUGAUGGUAGGAAUCUUAUACUGACAAACACUAAAGGUGAAGAACUAGAUCACAUGACAGAUAGAGGUAGUGAUGAUGGAGGACACACUGUGGAUUCUAAUGGUGAUCUAAUUUAUAUAGACAGUGAAUUAAACAUCAAUAGACUGUCUACAGAGAACAAAGAAAAGACUACGAUAAUAAAGUACAACAGCACAGCACCAUGGAGACCACGGAGUGUCUACAGCUCCCCCUCCACUGGAGACCUGCUGGUCGGGAUGUAUAAUACUGAUACAGGGAGACAAGGCAAGAUAGUGCGGUAUAACUCCACAGGAGAAAACAUCCAGACCAUACCGAACAACAACAAAACAGGUCAGGGACUGUAUAGAGGACCUGCCUACAUCACAGAGAACCGCAAUGGAGAUGUUAUUGUGUCUGACUCUAUCCGUCGUGCUUUAGUGGUGACAGAUCGUGAUGGUAAUUACCGGUUCUCCUACAGACGUCCUCCAUCAGGAUCAGGACUAUGGCCACGUGGAAUCUGUACUGACGCGCUGUCACACAUCCUGGUGUGUGAUGAUUACACCCACUCAGUAUGGAUGUUAGAUAGUGAGGGUCACUAUCUGACAGAGAUACUGAUAUCACAACACGGGAUAGGCGGACCACACGGCCUGAGUUAUGAUGAGGACACCCACCUACUGUGGGUAGGGACAGACUGGGAAAACACAGUCCACCUAUACAGAGUGGUAGAUACAGACUCUCUGACUGGACUUCCUCUGGAGGACAUCGAAUGUAGUAAACAUCCCAGAAUUCCCCUGGACCAGUUCUGUACCCCGUGUGGUGUUCCCUUGUGUGUGGAGUGUACCAGAUCUGAGGAUCACAGCAGACAUGACCUUAGAAGUAUAGAGACAUUGUUUGACAACAUUCACAGGAUGGAGGGUGGAGAUACACUAUUGAUGUGCCUUCUUCUUUCCAAUUCUUACAAAAUAAACAUGAAAGAAGUAAACUGGAUGACCAAAUAUAAUGCUGUUGCCAAAAGUUUUCAUUCCAAAGAAAUCACAAAGCCAUUAGCUAUUGCAGAUAUACAAAAAUACAAGCCAAUUCUGAAACUCAAUGAAUUAGAGAUCAGCUUCUCGGCUGUGAUCUUCAAAGACUUAAGUUAUCUGAAAUUUACAAAGAAUCCGACGUUUACUGAUAUUUUCUUGAGUAGGGCAGAAAAAGAAAACAUUGCCGAGUACUGUAGAUCCUGGAAUUAUCGGAGAGGAGAGGAUGAAGUUUGCUGUUGGUUGCUGCCAGAAAAAAAUGAGGAGUUUUUAGAAAGACUUGGAGAAGAUAUUUUCACACACCCAACGAUGACGGACCAGUCAUUCCAUGAAGCCGUAUUUAGGAAACUUGGAAUACCAAUGCAGAUUAUACUACGGGGAGACAAAUCAGUGACGAACUUCAUUGAGAAUUUAAAGAAAGGGAAGACAACCAUGUAUCAUGCCUCUGGGAUGAUAAUAGGGUGUGCUGGUAGUGGGAAAACAACAUUGUUGGAGAGACUUAAGGGGAUUGACCUGGAAGAAAUAAAGAAAAAUAUCAGGUCAACUAGAGGAGUGGAUAUCCACACUGAUUUGUUUAAUGUGACAGAAAGCAUCCAAGCAAACUCUUCACGCCAACAGCAACACUUUAAACUUAGACUUGAUAAAAAAGAUAUGAAGCAGAGUGUUCCUAAUUACUAUUCAGAGAAUGCAGCUGAUGAUGGGGAAACGCAGGAAAAGAUGAAACUAGAAGAUGAUGAGGGCAGUACGACUGAAGCAUCAAGCAGUGGACAGAUAUCACAUGAUGAUAUUGAUAUUAAUCCUACCUCAUCCGAUGAACCACAGGGGGCCACAUCACCAGAAAAUGUAGCCGAAGUUAUGAAGAAAAGAAAAGAUAUUCUUCAUAGUCCAGAAUUUUCUGGAAAUUUACAGAUAGGUGUAGAAGAUAUUUCAGAAAAUCCAGAUAAAAGAAUCACCAUGACUGACUUUGCAGGACAGUGUUCAUAUUAUGCCUCACACCAGAUUUUUCUGAGUCCCCGGGCAUUUUUUAUUCUGGUGCUGAAUAUGGAGAGGAAGUUUGAUGAUAAGGUUGGAGAAGACGUGUGUUGUCAGGAAGGCUCUGUUUACGGAGGAUGGACACACAGAGAUUAUCUAGAAUUCUGGAUGAAGUCCAUUCAUCAAUAUGGCAGUGAUAAGGCUCCUGUCAUCCUGGUUUGUACACAUUGUGAGAAAAAAACAGAAAAGGAAAAAGAAUUGUUUUUCCGAGAAGUAUGGAAGACUCUUGACAUGAAGAAGAAGUCUUUGCAAAAACAUAUUGAUGUGAAACGGCGAUUUGCCGUCGGAUUCCAUGACAAUGAAAGCCUUGAAAAACUUAAGCUGUGCAUUGCUGACCUCGUGUGCAAGCUUGAUCACUGGGGUGAAGAGUUUCCACAGUCAUGGGCUAUGUUUGAAACAUUCUUUCAGGAAAAGAAAAUUUGCAAAAUUUUGAGUAGGGUUGAACUUCAGUCUUUUAAUGAAACAUUGCCAGAGGGAAUAAAGCUCCAUACUAUUGAAGAUAUGGAUGCCAUGCUGCAGUUCUUCCACGACAUCAGAGAACUUAUGCACUUCAAUCAACAAUUCCUCAAUAAAGUUAUUAUCCUCGAUGUUCAGUGGUUUGCAGAUGCCUUUAGAAAUGUCAUAACAGAUAAAAACCAUGCACAAGAAGAUUUAUUUAAUUUUGCCUCAGAAUGGGACAAAUUCAAUGAAACUGGAGAAUUAGAUGAAGCACUGCUAUCUGCUAUAUGGAGAAUGAACAACAAUGGUUACCUUGAACACAAAGAGGAUAUCAUGAUGUACAUGGAGAAGUUAGGACUCUUGGCUAAAUUGAGCGACAAAAUAUGGUAUGUCCCGUGUAUGAACAAGAUGCAAUUUCCAGUAGACUGUUUUUCCUCAUACCCUGCCUCCUCCAUCCUUUGCUACACAUUUGAUGUUCUUCCUGUGGAAAUUUUCCAUCGCCUUGUAGCAACAUGCAUGCAGAUUCCUAAUUGGGAGAUUUUUACAGAUGAAGAAAGGGGAUGCAUUUACCAGACUGCAGCUAUUCUCAUGUUUCAUGACCAGCACCAUAACAUCAUGCUUGGAAUGACUCAAACAGAAAUUCAGGUGCAAGUGUUUGUUGUGGAGGGAGAAGUUGAUGUUUCAACCUGUCACCAGAUUAGAGAAAACAUUGAGCAUAUAUUACAUAACCUUUCCGGCACAUUCCAGAAAAACUCUGAAUUUCAGGUUGCGUUCAAAUGCAAUUCUACUGGAUUUUGUGACAGCAGAAAAAGCGCUGUCAUAAGUGAAUCUAAAUUCAUCAAAGAAAUUUUUCAGUGCCCAUGCUGUCCGGCAAACAAAAAGCAUCGUAUCAUCACAGAAGAUAUAAAAAAAUACUGGGAACAGACAAAACCGAGUAAUGCCAGCAGUUCUACGGCUUCUGGACAAGACCUUGGGGGCCGAUCUAGAUUUGCCAAACUUGGAAUGGCAACAAAUGACAUAUUAAAUCAGUCAUACAGAGAUAUACUAGAGAUGGAGGUCCCUCCUUCACUUGUUUAUCAAAAAGUGGUGGCAUCGCCAAAUUUUUACAAAAGAUUGCGCCCUGAACAAGAACAACUGUUGAUAGAUGCUACACAUUUGGGAUAUAAGAAUUUUGAUAUUUCAUUAACAUACACAUUGAUCAGGAACAUUUGUUCAACUAUCCCUAAACCGACAAAAGGAAAAUGGGGAGAGGAGCCUGCAACAGGAGAGGAAACUGUCGGUGAUGAUAUCGAGAGAAUUAGGUCAAUCCGAAAUAGUUUGACUGCACACGUGAGCUCAGCCUCCACCCCUCAGACAGAAUUUAAAGACACCUGGUCAAUGAUGUCAGAUAUCUGCAAGAGAUUGGAAAUCUUCACGGGAAAGAAGUACUUCGAUAAGCUUGAAAAUAUUCAAAAACUACACAUAAAGGAGAAAGAUGAAGAUACUUUUAAAAAAAUGAAAGAAAUGUGGGAGAAAAUCAAAUUAAAUAUGCAAGAAUUCGAAUCAACAUUCAAACCUGACAUAGAUGCUACAAAUUAGGAUAACCAGCCUUAGAAUGCGGAGCGAAAUAUUGGAAACAUAACAUAAAAACUUAGCGGGUUACGGUGAAGCCAGUACGUGUGGAUGUCCUAGAAACAACGUAUGAAAGCAAAGAUGCUACAAAUUAGGAGUAUUACUUGUAAAUCGUAUGACUUCGUGAAAGUGUAUAUCAUUAAAGUACCGGUAGUCGGAAUUCAUUAUCGAAUAUCAGUGAUAUGAUAUAUUUGUAGGAUCUGAUGCGUAAACCUGUGACUCAUCAUCAUAUUGUUAUCUCAAUUCUGGGACCGCUGAUUAAAACGAAUUUAUCUUUUUUACAAUGAAAAAAUAAUGAAUGGAUUAUAUUUAUCUUGUACGAUAUUAAGGCGAAAAUUUACUUUUGAACGAGUAAGCAUAGAUAUGAUUUUGUAUUUUUCAGAAUACUUUUAAAUAUUGCAUUGUACUUGAGUAAGCAUAAGUUUCUUCAUAGCAAACGCACUAAAACGAAUACACAGCCAAAUGUUUAUAUACAUUUACAGUACUCUAAUUUCAUGAAUGGAGAUCAAAAUUCAAAGAGGGAGGAACAGUAAAGUUAUUCAAAAUAUAUCAGAAUGCAAAAAAAAAUGUAUUUUCAAAACUGUUUACUCAGUUACUGUAAUAUGUCAAAUACACGCGUAACUGUAGAAACGUAGAACAUUUUAUGAUGCAUUAGAGUACAUAUGUACAUUUUUUUAAAUCUCACAUUUUCAUUUGAAUGGGAAUAUUUCAUUUGAUCGACCACAAGAUUUCUAAAUCUAAAAUGUAAACUACUGCAAUAUCGUAAUUAUAGUUUUCCUUGUAAAUGUUGCAUUGUCUACGCAAUGUUCUUGUUAUGCCCUGCCAUGAGUAUGGCUGGGGCAUAAAGUGUUUGUCAUGUCCGUCUUCCGUCUGUCCUUCUGUCACAUUUUACAUUGAGCUGAGUUUAAAGCUCAGUUACAAAGAAACUAACCAAGAUAUUUUCAUCAUCAUGAUCAAACUUCAAAUGCUGAUAAAUAAUGAUGGCUAUGCAUCUGCAUCAACAUUAUUUGACCUUGUCCUUUCCUUUGACCCUCAACUCACUUUUUAGUCAUCUGAGUAAACUCAGGUGACUUAUGGCUAUCCAUUGUUGUCUGUCGUUGUGCGUUGUCGGCCGUAGGCCGUGUGUAAUACAUUUGAACAUUUUUAGCUUUUUCUCUGACACCACUGAACCUAUUUCAACCACAAAGCAUCUAUGGGUGAAUGGGAACAAAAAUUGUGAAUUUUAUGGUCCCUGUCCCCUGGGACCUAAUGGGUGGGGCCAAAACCAUUAGAAUAAGUGCAAUCUUUAAAAAUCUUCUUCUAUGCAUCAAGCAGUCAAACUUUUGACAUGAUUGUAAUUAGCAUUCAGUCCUCUAACAAAAUUGUGAUAUUCAUGGCCCCAGGGUCAGGGGUGCUAGUGCUAGGCUGGGGCUAAAUAGACUUUUUACUAUAUUGAAAUUGCAUUAUUACUUUGAAAAUCUUCAUCUCUGCUCCUGAGCAUUUAAUAAGCUAACCAAGUAUACAGUUAUGUUGAAUAAGAUUGCCUCUUUCAAAAUUGUGCAUUUCAUGUCCCCAGGGUCAGGGUUCUGGUGUUAUGGCGGGGCUUUAUUGAUUGUAUAGUGAAAAAGCAUCAAUUCUUUAAAAAUCUCCUCCUCAGCCCUUUGAUAUUAAAACAAAGUUAUACGUAUAAAGUUAUGAUAAGGAAAGAUGCUUCAUCCCAAUUUGUGAAUUUCAUGGCCCCUGGGCAUGGGGUCUUGUGUUAAGUUAUGGCUCUAUUGGUUAUAAACUAAAUAUUGUGUAAAUGCAUUAAUUCUUUGAAAAUCUUCUUCUCUGCUCCAGGGUAUUAAACAAACAAACAAAAUACGUAAUUAUCAUGGCCGACAAUGCCUCUUCUAAAAUUGUGAAUUGAAUAGCCCAUGGGUGAUUUUCUGGUGUUAAGCCGGGGCUCUUUGAUUGUUUAUGAGGUGAAAAUAAAUGUACAUUAAUUCUUUUAAAAAAUCUACUCUUCUCCUGGGUAUGAAAUAGAUUACCCAUGUUAUGGUUAUAUUGAAUAAGUCUGCCUCUUCCAAAAUUAUGAAUUUCAUGACCCCUGGGUCAGGUGGUUUGGUGUUAGGGUUGGGCUCUGUUGUUUAUAUACUAAAAAAACAUGAAUUCUUUAAAACUAAAAAUGAGGAAGGAUGCUUCUUUCCAAUUUGUGAAUUUCAUGACACCUGGAUCAGGGAAUCUCAAGUGUUAGGGCGGGCUUCUAUAAUGAUUAUACAUGUAUUGUUAAAACGCAUGAAUUCUUUUGAAUUCUUUGGAAAUCUUUGCCUUUGCCUCUUGGUAUAAUGCCAAUGAUCAAAGUGUAUUUAUUGCUGAUGAAGAAAGAUGCCUCUUCGAAAAAUGGUCAAUUUCAGGGCCCCUGCAUUAGGGGUACUGCAGACACAAGGGGGGGAGGGGGGGGGGGUAAAAACGUUAGUCUGAAAAUAAAGUCAUACUUUAAAAUCUGCUCUUUGAUGUUAAUCACCCAUUUUUGAUUAAAUGAAAUUGAAAAAGUUUCCAAAUAUUGAAAUAUGUGGCCCCGGGGUAAGUGGUUCCUCUGGGUUGGUGUGCACAACUGGUAAUUAUACAUGUAAAGGGAAAAUGCAUUUCCACUCUUUUACUCUGAUCUGCCUUUGGGUAUUUAAAAGUAACCAAAAUAAGCAUGCUAAGUGUAUAGUUACGAUAAACAAGGGCGCAUCUUUCAAAAUUGUGAAUUUUAAGGCUUUUGUUUUCGAAUAGUCAAACCUAAUUCAGUUGUUGGAAAGUUGAUACGCUACUCAGGUGACAUAAAAGGUCUGUGGACCUCUUGUCUUAUUUAAGUAUUUAGCUCAGUCUUUAACAAACCAUUCAAGAUGGUGUCUAUUUAGCUCAGUAUUUAGCAAUCCAUUCAAGAUGGUGUCAUCAAACUUCAUAUGAUGCUACAUGUACUUACUCCGGACAGGAAAUAAAGAAAACAACGUUGUAAAUGCGUUUAAUGAUUUUAACAUGUUUAAUAUGACUUGAAGUUGACAUGAAAAUGACGAUGACUAAAUCCUUGACGUGGAAAUCACGAUGACUCUUACAUUGACGUGGAAAUGACGAUUUACUGCAAAACAUACUAUAAAUAUAAGCUAUUUCAAGCAAGUUACACAUGAUAAAACAUCCUAGCAAAUAAUCAUGAUUACAUGAUAUUACAUAUUUUAGAAAAUACUUCAAUACACAAAACUGUCGUCAAAAUGUAAACAAAGAGGCAUAACUCUUCUUUACACAAAUCAUGAUAGAAAAACAUGGCAGAUAAUAGCGUUAUCUGCCUUACGUAAUGAGUGUGCACAUAGUAGUAUUUAUUUGAUAUCAUGUCAUCAUACAUAAAACAAAUACACAUUUUUUUUUACAUGAUCAUAUGAAAGACAAAAGUUGAUAAUCAAGAUUUCAUAAAUAAAUAAUUUUAGUAAUACAUGUAAUAUUUUUAGAGAUAAAUCAAAAAUUCAAGGUGACUAGAGAUACCAGGAUAACCCAUUAAAGCUCGAGAGCUUAUUUCUAAUGGAGUCCUAUCUUAAAUAACAAAUACCAAUACAAAGUAAUGAAUUUUCCAUAACUAUAUCACUAUAAUAAUUUUGGCACAAGUAUAUUUAGCAUAAACAUCUAAAAUUUUGUUUAAGUAUGAUAACAUUGACAUAAAUAAAAAAGUAAAAUAUAGUCUAUAGGCUAGUACUGAAACAUAUCAUUUUCAUGUUCUAAAAUGCCCUUGACUUGUUUCUUAAAAUUAUUCUUUCCUUUUAUACACUUAAUAGAGGCUUACCGAGAUGACAAGUAUACAGUUUAUACAGCUAAAUGAUUUACAUAGAAAAACUCACCAAUUAGAAGUUUCCUGCGGUGAAAUAAAUAUCAGUAAAAAGAAUAGAAAACAUAGAAAUUAGCAAAUGGCAAACUGGAAACAAUUGCAGCACCAAGCCCUGCUGCGUUCUGCCAUGAUAACACGGGCUCUACACAAAAAAAUACUGUGCCCCAAAAACGAUGACGUCACAUCACACACAUUACCCUUAAACGUCUAGUAACCGAAAUGGCCGUAACAAUACAUAGUGAUGAGAGCUAUUCAAUUGCAUUUUUUUACCUUGACUCACUUUUCCUGAAUAAGUAAGAUAUUUCAUUUGCUGAUACAUACAUGUACUAAUGUUAGCAAUUCAACAGCCUAAUUUUUUUUACCUUGACCUUUUUGACCUUGACCUCACUUUUAUAAAAUUGCGUUUAAGUCAGUUUUGAAAGAAACCAUUCAUAGUAUUUUUUUUCAACUUUAAUGCUGACACAUACUAUUGAAAGCCUUUCAGUUGCUUCAACAUUUUUUUUUUACCUUGGUCUCACUUUUUGGAAAUUGGUGUCAAACUUAAUAUGCUGAAACCUACUGAUGUAAGCAAUUCAACUGCAUCAAUUUUUAAAACAUUUCGGUCAAAUUUUAUGCACUAAUACAAAUUUUUUUGCCCAAUUACUAGGAAAUCCUCGAAGGGGCAUUCAUGUUCUAUGGACAUAUUUUUAGUUUAUUUAAGGAAGAUGAUCUUUCCAUUAUGGGUAUGAUCCUACGAUAAACAUGGCUGCAUAUUGCCGACUCGGCGUUAAACAAUAAACAAAUUUAUAAUGUGUAAUAAUAGGCCUGUUUUUUUUAAGGAUAUUGGCAUCGUUUCUGGAUUUUGUAUAGAUUUUUUAAAGAACUUUUGAACAGGUUUAAUGGUACCAAACAUGUUUAAUUCAGGUCCUUUUAACCCAUCAAGUCAGCCUUCCUUUAAAGAUUUUGUCCAAUCAAUGUUUUUACAAUUUUCAAUGCAUUUACUAUGUAAAAUGUUGAUAAAAUGGUCCUAUAUUAUUUUUAACCAUAAGUUUUUUUUUCUAAAACCCGUUUAUUUCAUAUUUUUUAUACAUAAAAUACAUUGUUUAAACUUUCUGAUGACAAACGUAUACUUUUUCUCAUAUUGCAAAUAUUGAAACAAAACACAGAAAUACCAACACUGUUCUUUGAUUUUGAGUUACUUCCCUUAAUAUCUAAUUUUAUUCAUAAUGAUCAAGAGACUGUCUGUUUGUUUCUAUACUAUGAUUAACUUGAUUUGAAAGGAACUGUCUAUUUAUCAUUUUGGCAAGGAAUUUAUCAUUUACUUUUAAUGAUGCCUAAUUCACAAAACUAUAGAAUCGUUUUCAUCUGGUCUACCUAGCUAUCACCACUUUCAGCAUAAUUAUGUCAGUUCUUUGCACUUCCCAGCUGUGAAAAUAAAGACAUCAAACAGCCAAA